UAUCACUUUGUGGGGACCGCAACCUGACAGCACACUCACGUUGUGGGGCCCGAAAAACUUUGUGGGGCCAUUUUGCUGGACCCCACAAGGAUUAUCAUUGGAAUGAAUAGAAAACACUUUGCUGAUGUCUAGUGUAGAAAUCUGAGUUUGGCCCACAAGUGAUGAAAAAAAAAAAAUAUGUGUUUAAGUGUGCUAAGAUUUUGCUCACUACUGCCCCCUUAUUUCGCUUAAUGGUAGUGCACUCUCACACACUCGCACACUCGCAGCCAAUGAACGGCAUGCUUGUUUGUCACGUGGGUCAGUAAUUGACGUGAAGUCACCUGAAGUGUCGUAAUGAAGACGGUUGAGGACAUCUUGAUGAUUACACGAGGUCAGAAGGUCCACGAUGGAAAUAUAUCUUCGCUGGAAUAAUCAUUUGGAAUAUUCAUCAUAAGAAAACAGAGAAAUAUGUCUUUACUGUACGAAUAUUUUUUCCAAGAGUUUUAAAGUAAUUGCCCUGGCAAUGCAGAUACACAAGGAAGAAGUCACUAGGAAGAGGAAGCGGCUAAAACCAGAAGCUGUAGCACUGCAACAUGUCCGUAGUGCCACAGACAGCACAUGUUUUUUGGAGGCACGACACAUAAAUCAAAUAAAAGGUCGUGGUGUGUUUGCACUGUCCCCAUUUCAAAAAGGGGAUUUUGUUGUGGAGUACAGAGGAGAAAUGAUAGACUCUGCUGAAGCUCAAGCUAGAAGGAAUAAGUAUCAUCCAUCACAGGCAGUUUUUAUGUUUGACUUCUACUGGCAUGACAAACAAUGGUGCAUUGAUGCUGCUGUGGAAAAUGGAUCAUUGGGGAGACUGGUCAAUGAUGACCAUGUUAAUCCUAACUGCCGGAUAAAAAAAAUUGUUGCAGACGGAAAGCCACAUCUAGUCCUGUUUGCUUUACAAAACAUAGAGAGAGGAGACGAGAUCACAUAUGAUUAUGGUGGAAGUGAUUGGCCUUGGAGGGUUAAUGAAAAAAACCAGGAACUGGUGGAAAGUUCCAACACAAGGACCCAAGACGGCAAUGAGGUUUUCCCUUCGAUUCUGAAGGUUGAUGGUGCACAUUCUACCAAUGUGGGCUUUGAACAAAACAACCAGGAACUGGUGGAAAGUUCCAAUACAAGGAUACAAGACGGCAAUGAGGUUUCCGCUUCGAUUCUGAAGGUUGAUGGAGCACAUUCUACCAAUGUGGGCUUUGAACAAAACAACCAGGAACUGGUGGAAAGUUCCAAUACAAGGAUACAAGACGGCAAUGAGGUUUCCCCUUCGAUUCUGAAGGUUGAUGGUGCACAUUCUACCAAUGUGGGCUUUGAACAAAACAACCAGGAACUGGUGGAAAGUUCCAAUACAAGGAUACAAGACGGCAAUGAGGUUUCCCCUUCGAUUCUGAAGGUUGAUGGAGCACAUUCUACCAAUGUGGGCUUUGAACAAAACAACCAGGAACUGGUGGAAAGUUCCAAUACAAGGAUACAAGACGGCAAUGAGGUUUCCCCUUCGAUUCUGAAGGUUGAUGGUGCACAUUCUACCAAUGUGGGCUUUGAACAAAACAACCAGGAACUGGUGGAAAGUUCCAAUACAAGGAUACAAGACGGCAAUGAGGUUUCCCCUUCGAUUCUGAAGGUUGAUGGAGCACAUUCUACCAAUGUGGGCUUUGAACAAAACAACCAGGAACUGGUGGAAAGUUCCAAUACAAGGAUACAAGACGGCAAUGAGGUUUCCCCUUCGAUUCUGAAGGUUACAAAGAAACCAAUGAAUUCCUUAGUUCAGUACACAGACUCUGAAGUCAGCUCUGGACCAGAUUUUUCUUCUCCACAACCUGAUACGGUUUCAGAUUUACCAUGUAGCAGUAUACAGCAACUCAGUAGCAAAAGUACUGUGGAAGGAGAACAUGAGCUUAGAAGGCCAAAGCUUAGAAGGAUUAAAGGCAUUCCGAUGGAGGAGACUCUUCAUUGGUCUGAAGAGCUUUUUGACAGUCCAGAUGAAGAAAAUAUUCAAGCAGUUGUGCCACGAUUGAAGCGGACAAGAAGAAGUUUUGACUCAAGUACAGAUGAGGAUGAAGAUAACGUGGUACAUAAAACUGUGCCAAGACAUAUGAAGUCAAGAAGCAUUUUGGUUAAUCAGAAGAUUUCUGUUGGAACUGAAAAACUAAGUGAAUCAAGCCUGGACAGUGGAGAAGAAUAUGUUCCAUCCACAAGCGGGGAUAGUACAGAUAGUAGCAUGAGCCAAGAACUAUCAUUAAAAAGUCAAGCUGAUGCUACAGUAGGUCGUUCACUUCCAUGCAAGCGCAAAUUCAAGACACCUCUUGCUAAAUUCCAGGACAAUGACAGAAUUGCUGCUAUUACACACAUCCAACAUAAUGUUCCUGACAGCAACACAUCAAGUAAAGCAACAGUUGGAGAUGUAUCAGUACUUGUUCCUGCUGUCGUCAGAAAGAGUAAUGGAUCUCGAAUGUACAACAAGCGACAGUACUGCUUAUAUUGUAGUUCAGCGGUCCAAAAAAUGUCUAGGCACUUGGAGCGUGCUCACCUAAACGAGACUGAGGUUUCAAGAGCAUUGAGUUUUCCAAAGGGAUCCCGUCAAAGGAAAUUGCAGCUUGAAUUUUUGAGAAACAAAGGAAACUUUGCACAUAAUGCCGAAGUUAUAAAAACAGGGUCUGGAAUUCUUGUUCCCUUCAAACAACCAAAAGAAAAGUGUGAGGGUCAAGACUUCAUUCACUGUGUGUACUGUCAAGGGUUGUUUCUGAAAAGAGUGCUUUGGAGACACGUGCAGAGCUGUAAAUUCAAACCUAGUAGUGUUAAAUCUAAACCUGGAAAAACUAGAGUCCAAUCCCUCUGUGCGUUUGCUGAACCGGCACCCUCUGCGGUUAGUGAAAGUGUUUGGAAGCUGGUGAGCAACAUGACACAAGAUGAUAUCUCUUUUGAAGUAAAAAAUGAUCAGUGCAUCAUGGAGUUUGGAAAACAUCUAUAUAACAGGCUUGGAGCUGAUGUCAGCAAGCAUGAAUACAUUCGUCAAAAGUUGAGGGAGCUUGGUCGGCUGCGUUUACAUGGUAAAGAGGUUACACCACUGCAAACUAUCAAAGAUUAUGUCACACCAGAAAACUUCAUGUUAGCAGUUACUGCAGUAAAACACACAGCGGGUUUCAACGAGGAAACUAGCAAAUACAAAACCGCAACACUUGCUCUAAAGCUUGGACAUGGACUGAAAAAUGUGUCCAUGCUCCUUGAAACCGAUGCAAUGAUGAAAGGUGAUCAUGAUGGUGCAAAAGCGGCUCGUUGCUUUCGUCAGGUUUAUGAUGCCAGGUGGAAUGAGCUUAUAUCAGCCAAAGCCUUACAGGGUCUCACAGAGUCCAAGUGGAAUUCCCCACAGCUGUUACCUUUUACAGAAGAUGUAAGAACUCUGCAUUGCUACCUGGAUGACAAGCAGCGCCAGUUCUACAGUGACUUGACAUCAGAAUGCUCAUCUUGCAAUUGGGCUAACUUGACCAAAGUAACUCUUGCACAAGUUAUUUUAUUCAAUAGGCGUAGAGAAGGAGAAGUAUCCAAAAUGCUUGUUUCAACAUUCAUCCUAAGAGACAAAUCAGAUCCUCAUGAAGAUGUCAAUGUAGCUCUCUCUGAGCUAGAGAAAAGUCUCUGCAAGCAUUUUGUGAGACUUGAAAUAAGAGGUAAGAGAGGACGGAAGGUGCCUGUGCUCUUAACUCCUGCGAUGGUAGAUUCCCUUAAUUUGCUUGUGGAGAAGAGAAAAGAAUGUGGAGUGGCUGAUAACAACUCAUACAUUUUUGCACGGCCAUAUGCAAUGUCCCACUACAGAGGGUCAGAUUGCAUUCGUGACUUUGUGAAAGCUUGUGGAGCCAAGAACCCCCUCUCACUCACCUCUACAAAGCUCAGAAAGCAUGUUGCUACACUCUCAAAAGUACUCAAUCUCAAUGACACGGAGCUUGAUCAACUAGCAGAUUUCCUUGGACAUGAUAUCAGAGUCCAUCGCCAGUUCUAUCGCUUACCUGAGGGCACUCUCCAGCUUGCAAAGAUCAGUAAGAUUCUCAUGGCCCUUGAGCAGGGGCGUUUAUCGGAGUUUAAAGGAAAGACCCUAGAUGAUAUCAACAUCUCCCCGAAUGAGACAAUCCUGUGUGACAAAGAAAUCCAAGAGACCAGGCUGGAGGAGACCAGGCUGGAGGAGACCAGGCUGGAGGAGAACAUGCCAGAUUCUGUGGUGAGCACACGAUUGUCCAAUGUGACAUCUCAAAAUGAAAAUCAGCAUCCAAGGAACAAGGAUUGUGUUGAGGACACAACUGAGUCACCAUGUGCUUCAGGCAGUCGGAUGCGAAAUUACACAAAGAAAAACUCUCAAGCUAUGCAAUUAUCAUCUCCAAAAAAGGGUCGCAAACCAGUCAAGAAGAAGAAUUGGCAGAAGGUGGAGGUUGAUGCAGUUGAAAAACACAUGAUGCACUUCAUUGAAUCCUGUCGUGUUCCAGGAAAGGCUGCCUGCGAUUUGUGCCUCAAAUCUGAGCCGGAAGCCCUAAAACAGAGGGACUGGCUGGCUAUUAAAUUUUACAUCAAAAACCGGAUAUCUGCUCUAAAAAGAAACAUAUGCUCCUGAGCUGCAAGUAUCAUUUGUAAAUGGCUAAAUGUUAUAUGGUCAGAUUUUAGGGAAUUUUAAAUGUUUUUCCAAAUUGAAUGUUUUCAACAUCUGGGCAAAAUGUGGUUUUAAAAUCAGCCUUUUUAGUUCUAAAGGUAAACUAAUUCUUCAGUUCCAGCUUGUUCUUUUGCCGUCUACAGUUAUAGACAAGUGUUUUUUCUGUCCAUUUAUGUCGUUAUGAGCGACAGUGUUACAUCGUUACAUAUGAUUAAAUAAAACGAAAGGUUACAGCAACGUUUUUUUGUCUAAUGUAUUAUCUCAUGAAAAACUGGUUUAAUGUUUAAUUGUCUUAAAGCAACACCAAAGAUUUUUUUACCUUAAAAUAAUGUUUACAAAAAGUUUGUCAUUCAUCCACUCGAAACAGGGUGAACGGCACUUUCACAUUCGCUUUGCAGCCCUCUAUCGGCCAAAACCGCCCUAAAGAAGUUUCCAACCAUCGGGAUCGCAGUCCUGUAGUUCGAGUGAAAACUACAAAAACUUGCUUUACGGGCAGACCUACAAUCCAAUAAGAGCCAGCUUUGCUGCAGUAUUUACGACAGUGGUAAUGGACAAUUAUGCUUCUAACCUGUAGGGGGAGCAAAUAGCAAAAACUCUUUUUGCUUUAACAUGGAAAUGUUAUAGACGGUUUAAGCAGUAACAACAAAAACAAGCGGCUCUCGCGGUCCGCACGUAACUUCCGGUAAACUCCGCUAAUAAUAAAUAACCACAAAGUACUUUAAACGUAGUUUAUUUAUAUAACAAGCAAAAAAAACAACACAUGGAUUACCUAGGAAACCAAAACAUUUGUUAUUUUCGACGAGGCAUUUGUUCAAGAGAUAAGUUUAGCAACUAGUCAGACCAUUAAAAAAACGAAAGCGGAACGUUUUCAAGACGUUUAUCACGUGCGUCCGAUGAAACCUUCUAUACAUUAACUACACAUACUUGCUUGUGAUUUCACAGUCAUCGGGUCCUGGAAAGUACUAAAAAUAAGAUAAGUGGUGUUGUUAAAUUUUUAUAUGUUUUAAUGUGUUCUGGUCUUGCCUGGUUUGAAACAAAGCAUAAAACAUCAAAGAGAAAUGUCCCACAAAAUAGGGUGUAUAAACCUGUAAAUAUACAUUAAUAUGUAUGUAUGAGAGGCAAAUAUCCAAAAGCAUCUUAAUAUCAACUCAAAUGCUGUUUACUUUGUUCAAGUGAUACUGUGAAGUAAAGGAUAUAGAUUUUUAUUCAACUGAAAGACAAUGUGCAAAGGGCCCCACAACUAAUGAAUAGUAAAUGCAUGGCCUCACGAAGUAUGUAAAACCUGAAGUGUGUGUAGGUGGACCCACAAGGAAGGAAAACCAGUUUGGGAUCCCACAUGUGACGGCCCAGUCAGGUCUUGUGCAAAAGUUCUUAAAUUUGAGAUUAUCAUGUGAGAUAUGUGUUGAUGAAUGUGUUCUGACCUUGCAUGAUUUUUUUAAGAAGCGUACCUCUUCUAGAAAGGGUGGAUCCCACAAGUGAUGUCCCAGUCAUGGGGCCUCGCAAAGUAACAAAAACAAGGAUGUGUGUGUGUGUGUGUGUGUGUGUGUGUGUGUGUGU